UUGACAGAAACAUUGGUUUAGCUAGCCUCAGUCCAGUUGUGUCAAUUGUUUGUAUUGUUGUCUACAGUUUAAUACAAUUGUUUCUGGGUUUCUUCUCUGUUGCCGCGUCUUGGAUGGCAUGCUUUUUGAUUAGAUUAGCUGUAGAUGGUUGCAGGGGAAAAGCAGAAAUUUUGCUUUUUUUAAAUUUAUUUCUAGUUCUAUACUCUUACUUCUAUUUAUUACUAUCUUUUAAAUGCUAUUUUGUUGUUGCUUGAUGUUAGGUUAUGGCGUCUCUCACAAGCGGGGAAUUCUAAUUAACGGAGCUCUUAAUCAAAGGCUGUGACCCCAGAUAAAAAGGGGCUUUUAUUAAGCUGCAGAAUAGUCGCCUUGCAUCUGUUAGCACCUGAAUCCGUAGUAAUGCGACUCGCCACAGGCUUAUUGAGAGGCAUCAAGUGUAAUCUGAAAAAUGCCCCCAUUUUAGAGAGCGCCAACGAACUAACCAUUCAAUUGAACAGCAACUCUGUAGCGACAAUUUCCUAUGUAAAAGUGGAUGAAAAAGUCUACGAUUUAGUGCACACACUGAUUCCGGAGCAACUACAAGGGCAGGGCUUGGGACAUCUGUUUGCAGAGAGAAUAUUUGACCAUCUAAUCAAGCAGGAUAUCAGACUGAAGUUAAGUUGCGAGUUUUUGCAGCAUUUUUACUCGCAAAACAUCCCCAAGUACAUAGGAAGAGUUAUAGAAGAGCAAAGCAGCUAAGCAGCAUGGCGGCUUCGGAUUCUUUUGCCAGAAUUUUCUUCCACUUCCAUCACAAGCACUUUAACUUGAUGGUUGGUGCCUGUAAGGAUGCUAUAGGAAAAUUCCCGGCUGAUCCCUCAUUCAAGCUUUAUCACUCGUUGGCGCUGAUUCUAACCAAUCGUCUUGAGGAGGGCGUUAACGAUUUGGAAGGUCUGACCCAUGAGAACGACAUCAAGUUGGCUUGUACCAUUGCUUUGAUGUACGCCCAUAAAUUCCUGGGCGUGGCCAGUCGCGAGCUGUUCGUUAAAUUGGAUAUUCAGAUGAAGGAGUACCGGAAAAGCGCCGAGGCUCACGAUUUCUACAAUUCCGCCUUUGUCCUUAUCACAUUAAACAAAUCGGAAAAGGCUUUGGAUUAUGCAGAAAAGGCCAUUUCUCUGAAAAGCGACGGUGAGUUUUCCUCGCUGAAGGGCUGGAUUCUUUUGACGCUGAAAACACUGGGCAAACAUAACGCCAGCAAUAUAAAAGCCAUAUUCUCUAAGGCUUUGCAGGAUAAUCCUAAGGAUUUACUCGCAAUUCUGGGGGUUACCGAGUGCUGUUUGUAUCUGUCGGAGUUCCGGGAAGCAUUGAGUUUAAUUAAUCAAGCUGUGGUUAAGUUCACCUCCACAAGCUUGCCUUUGCUUGAAAAAAUCAAGGUCCAUUUCGCCGCCCAGGAUUGGGAUCAGACCUUGGAGGCAAUAAACCGCUUUUCCAGUGCAGACUGCGAAUUGCUUUAUGGCACAAAAUAUGAAAUUCUCAUCAGUUUGUGUCAUAGUCAGGACUAUAAAGCGACCUGCAGCGGGAUCAGAAGAUUUUCUGAUCUGGCAAGGAAGUUUGAGCCGAAUAACACCGCUGUGAUUUUGGAAGCUUCCAGACUAUUCUCAAAAGUGAGCGCUAAGCGCGAAAGUAUCUUGAAUGAAACCAUCGCUAUGUUGGAGGGCGUAAUGCAAACUAAUAUAGACAGCGCUGAGUUGGUGGUGGAACUAGGCAAUCAGUACUUGCUGCUGGGGCGAACUAAAGAGGCGGUUCGACUGUUUAAAUCAGCCACUAAGAUUGACGAAGGAUACUUUGACGCGUUUUUGGGCUUGUCCGUAUGCGAAUUCAUGGAAAAUGGGCAGAGCCAGCAGUUGUUCAAGCAAAUUCAGUAUCUACUCGAGUUGAAGGAUGCGAGCAACUCCUUGGCUUUGCAUCUGCUUCAAGCCAAAGCCGCUGAUUCUUCCGUGGAAGCACUGAGCCACUUGAAAGUUAUUUUCGAUAUCAAGACCCAUCUGCUUCAGGCUAACUAUUACUCAGAGAAGUAUUUAAUUAACCUGGACCCGGAUUUCACUCUGGAUGUUAUUAGGGAGUACUUGCAGCAUGCCACUACCAACAAGCAGGUGUUGGAGCACGCCUUGGAGCUGGCUAAUGUGGUAGCUAAGGCCUGCCCCAGCCUAUCAGAAGCUGUUUACCUACAGGCCAAACUGCAGCAUUUGAAGGGAGACAGUAUAUCUGCCUUGAGAACGUUGGAAACUAUGGCAAACAUGUCCGAGGCAGCUUCGAGCGAAGCUGGCCUACUUAUGGCCCAAAUCCAGGUCAACAACGGCCAAUUCGACAGAGCCUCUCAAAGCCUCGAGGCCUGCAUGAGCUCCAACUUUAAGAUCCGCGAAAACCCGAUGUGCCACUACAUUACGGCCUUAGUGGACAAGCACAGUGGCAACUAUGGCGACGCCAUCAAGGCUCUUUCCACUGCCUUGACCUUGAUGAACAUCACAGUGAAGAACAACGACGUGUCCUUGAUUGAUAAGGCCUCCAUUUAUGUGGAGCUGAUCGACACGCUCAAUAUCGUGGGACAGUCGGACGAAGCUCAGAAGAUUUUGGAGGAGGCCACGCAUGAUUUGCAAGGGACUCCUGAGGAAGCGCGCAUAUUGCUUUUGAGUGCAGACAACUUGGUGGUUAGGGGGAACAUUCAAGGCGCCCUGGAGCUGCUUGGAAAGAUUGGGAAAGGAGAGAGUUGCUAUAAGGAGGCGCGGAUGAAGAUGGCUGAUAUGUUUUUGACGAAUCGCAGGGAUAAACAUGCGUUUUUGGAGGUGUAUCAAGAUUUUGUCAAAGAGCAACCAUCGGCAGAAUCAUACGUUCUAUUAGGGGACGCUUGUAUGAAAAUCCUGGAACCAGACGAUGCAUUGCAGAACUACGAGAAAGCCUUAAAAGAAAAUCCCAACGAUUUGUUUCUAAUGCGGAAAAUGGGCAAAGCCCUGGUGCAAACUCACUACUUCAACCGAGCCGUGGAAUAUUACAAAAAAUCCAUAAAAGAGGUGAAAGAUCCGGAAUUGACGCUGCAGCUGGCCGAUCUCUAUCUGAACUUGCGGGAGUAUGAAAAGGGAGAGUUGUUGUUGCUGGAUGAACUUGACGAAGAGCAUAGAAAAUCGAUGGCUGAAGACAUCAACGAUCUGCUUUAUCAGGCCAAGCUCUAUUCGCUUCUAGCAGAAAUCCAGGAGAAAUCUGGGAAUUUUACUUUUGCGGUGAAGAGCCUUAAGGAUGCCAUGGACUGCCAGAUGCGAGUCAGAAAGCGAUAUGCUCUGGAGCAAAACGUUGCAAGUGAAGAGAUUGAUAGGCAAUUGGUUGAUAUAUCGCUUAAACUGGGAGAAAUGGCAAUUUCAAUGAAAAGCAAUGAGCAGGCAGUUAGUUAUUAUAAGGAGGGACUUACAGUUUCGCCUAAUAAUACAUCAAUUCUGGUGGCGUUGGCUAAACUGUACAUGCAGAUGAAUUAUUUGGAGCUUUGCCAGCAAACUUGUGCGAUUAUCUUGAGGAUCGACCAAGACAACGAAGCUGCUUCAGUGUUGAUGGCUGAUAUUGCUUUCAGAAAGGUUGAUUUUGAUAUGGCACUGUUUCACUUCACUCAACUAGUUUCCAAGCAGCCUUGCAAUUGGGACGCAUUAAUCCGACUAAUUGAAAUCUCUAGAAGAUUGGGGACCAUCCAAGAAUGCGAGCAUUAUGUCGUCGUUGCUGAGGAAAAAUGCGCGAAUCCGUUAAAGGAAGCUGGACUCCUCUAUUCCAAAGCGUACUUCCAGUGGCACUCUGGGAACCUCAAUGCUGCAUUGAAGAACUUCAAUCAAGUGCGUCAAGAUCCAGAGUACGGAAGCAACGCUCUUUACAACAUGAUCGAAAUUUGCUUGAAUCCAGACGGCGAAAUGCUGGCUGAACAGUUCAUGGAUAGCGACGAUAUUGAGUAUCGGGAUUCAAGGUUUCUGGCCCUAAAAACGGCUGAUAGACUAAUCAAGGACCUGAGGCAGCGCCUGGAAUUCAAAGGAGAAGACCUGUUAAGGUGCAGGCUUUUAGCCAACUUUCGCCUGUUGGCCACAAAGGAAAAAUACAACAUUGAGCGCGCUUUGGAGGAUUUUGUGGCGGUGGCAUCGCAAAACGACCACAAGGAGAACUUGGGAGCAAUUUUGGGAAUGUCCACCGCCUACACUUUGCUAAAACAGCAGCAGCGAGCUAAAAACCAACUGAAACGGGUGGUUAAGAACGCGUGGAACUUUGAGGACGCGCAUUAUCUGGAAAAGUGCUGGCUGCUGCUAGCCGACCAGUAUAUCCAGUCGAAUAAGCUGGAUUCGGCCAAUGAGCUGAUAGCGAAAGUGGUGCAGCACAACAAGGCUUGCAUUAAAGCGCUGGAGUAUUUGGGCUACAUUUGCGAGAAGGAGCACAAGUAUAAAGAGGCGGCCAGAAAUUACCAGCAGGCCUGGAAAGUUGGGAUGAAAUCCAAUGCGAGCACUGGGUUCAAGUCGGCCUACUGUUUGAUGAAGUGCAAGAAGUAUCCGGACGCUAUAGAUACAGCCAACGAAGUCCUGCAGCUGAAUCCUGAUUACGCCAAUGUGAAAAAGGACAUUUUGGACAAGUGCAUGAACAAUUUAAGAGUGUAAUGGUCAUUUUAUGUUAUGCAAUUUACCAAGUGUGAUUUAAUGCGCUGUUUGCAGCACCUACCAAUUGCUUAAUUGAUGAUAACUGCAGCCGUUUUAUUGUUGUUAUUCGCACGGUAUCGCCGGGACUUAAUUAAACCCACAAAUCAACAGAAUAACUGUUUUAAUUCAUAAUUGGACAAGUUUGCCUGGUUAGAUGAUGAAAAUUGGGCGAUUUAUAGGGCCUUUACCCGAAGAAAAAAAUAAUAAAUUCCAUAAUAAAACGAAAUUCGGCU